AUGAAGCCCCCAAGUAAAGCUUCCAAACCGCACAGAAUCUCACACGUCUGCGACCAUUGCCGUCUCCGAAAGCUGAAAUGCAGCAAAGACAAGCCUUCUUGUACUCGCUGCACGAAGCUCGGUCUACAGUGCGUCUACACACCGUUUCGACAAAGCACUCGCGAUCCUACAACCGUCAAAGCACUGGAAGCAGAGCUCACUUACGUGAAAGCCCAAUUAGCCGCAUGCACCAAAGCUUUGAGUGAUGCACAGGCGUCUAUACCAGUACAAAUGCCCAAGAAGCGUAAUAUCUGUUGGACCAAUCUGGUCCGUCCCAUAAAUGUCCAUGGCGUUUGGAGGACGUACUACGCUCCUUUCAGUGACCUGGCGUUGUUCGCUCGUGAUCCGCUUUCGAAGAUACGCGUGGAAGACCUGUUUGUGCAAGAAAAUGAAUUUCCAAAACUACCAAACCGCAACGAAGAUAUCUUGCUCAGUAUGAGAAGAAUCCUUCCCGAACCACAAAUUUUACGCGAAAACAAGCUCGCGUUCGAAACAAAUUACUACCAAAAUUAUCCAUUUUACAAUAUCACUACUUUUGAAGAAAUUCACGAAGGCUUAAUUCACGAUCCUUCCUUAACUGAAGCAAGCACUACCCAGAUAUGUUUCCUCAUUAUGACAUUCCUAAUGCUUUGUCUCACCGAAAAACUGGCUAUCGAUCCUGAUCUGAUUGACGGGUGGAUUCAGCGAGCGAGAAUUGCAUCAGACCCGAGUGAAGAAAAUUUGGCCUGUUUGCUAUACUUACAACUCUAUUCGAGUCCGCUCAGACUCUGCCCAACUUCUAAGACAAGAUUGUCCAACGACAUUUGCCGAAUGGCUUUGGAACUGGGACUCUUCACUCCUGCGAGUUGUUUGGUCAACAACAAGUUGCGACAAAAUCUGUGGAUGGGAUGCGUAGUCCUCGCAGAACCCGCAGCUUUCCAUGAACACUUCAUCAAAAUGUUUGAUAAGGAGGUUCCAACCGACAAUUCACCACUAGCUAUUUCCUACCGCUUCAAUACUAAUCUAUCGAAUGUUUGGAAUUCUGUUGUGACAGCGUCCGAUGCCUUGGAAGAAGAUAUGGUUUCUUUGUCAAGUUGCAGUAAGAACCAGACACAUGACACCAAUCAAGAAGGUGCUUUGAUGGCUAGCUGCCGUUUGAGUUUCGCGACCACAGACUUCAACCUACUCAUAAUGCAGUUUUUGCAAGAGGAGUUUCAUGUCCGUGACACACGCUUUCUCAGGAAAAGACUACAGGAUUUGUUUGAUGAGCUUUUAGAAUAUUUUCUGAACUUUCUCUCCAUUGUCGCUACUCAUCGUUAUUCAUAUCUCUCCCAAACCGUUUUUUGCCUCAAAUCGCUGGCCUCUUAUGUUCUAACCAUGUCUUCUAGAUAUGCAAGGGAAAACAGGCACAUUGAAAUUACUGAGCUGCACCAGAAAUUUCUACAAGCUGCUCAGGCUUUUCCGUUUAAGCUUGACUGGUGUGAUCAAAUAUGCAGGUCAUUGGACGAUACACUCAGAGAUGUAAACUCUAGUUCUUCCGAUUUUUCAGAUGAUGUCACAGUUGGCAUUCUUCCGGAUUCUCUACUUGAGGAAUACACCGGUGCGUUUAGCACCGGGAUCGAUGAGCUAUCACCCUCUUUGUCCCAUGAGUCGUUUGAAUCCAUUUUAACAGAUUCUUUGACAGGCCUCAACGGACAAUUAGAUGCAAGAUUUGCACAGCUUUUUCCGGAUUAUACGAGCUCUUCGACUGACGGCGAAAUUGAUUUUGAUUUCGAUGUCUUACACUGA